UCCGUAUAAAAAUGCACCUGUAGUAAUUGCUCCAGAAGUAGAUCAAUUACCAAUACAAGAAUUACCAUCACUACGACAUAACAAACUUUCAGGCGUAACACAGAGGCAUCCCCCUAAAGUAAGUUCACAGAUUACUUCAGGAAUAGAGCAAUUACCAAUACAAGAAUUUCCAUCAUUAUGA